AUGGCUAAUCCGUCAGAAAUUUUAAGUUCUUAUAUGCUGUACUUGAAUAGCUUCUCAAGAUUCUUUGGAUUCAGUUCAACUGAUAAAUUUGUAUUUAAUAAGAAAGUAAAGACAAUUUUUCUUCUGAUGGCUCUUUUACAAAUUCGAUUGAUCACCAUCAUAUACAUGAACAGGCAUAAACUUUUCUUAAUAUGUGAAAUUUUGAUAACAAACUCGUUUCUAUUGCAAGGUGCUGCAAGAUUAUAUGGCUUUAGAUUUUUGGGAUCUGUUAUAAAAUCAAGAAAACUUUUAACAGAACUCUAUGAGAACAAUGAAAAAUUGCAUUCGGAGCUUUUAAACAUUAAAAUAAAAACUGUAAAGAUUUUGGUCAAUAUCCUUAUGGUGACAAACCUGCUUUCCUAUCAUCUUUCGUCAUUUUCGAUAUUAAUUCUUAACUGGAUUUAUGAUGAUAAUCAAGUUUUAUUCUCAUCCGUCAAUAUUCCAUUUGUCGAUACAAAUACAAGAGCAGGAUAUAUUGCAAUUUGGUUCUUACAUCUCUUCAUGUGCAGCUUUGCAUUCUUAAACUUUAUUUCAUACGAUUCGGAAUCACUUUUCUUUGGAUUUCAGUCUUGUGUAUUUACUGAAUUAAUUUGUGAUAAGAUUAUGGAGCUAAAUAAGCUCAUGUUGAGGGUUAACAGAGACAUUCAAUUUGAAACAAUCAAGUUUAAAAAGUUGGUAGCACCGAAAUUAUACUUUGCAGCUAUUAAGCAAUCUGGAAAUGAGAAAAUGGAAAAACUUUUGAAGAGCAUUAUCAUGAACCAUCAAAUUUAUUGUGAAUAUAUAUCCAAAAUUAAUGACUUUAUGUCAGGAACAAACUUUGUUUCUAUUGCUACAAACUAUAUUGUCAUUAGUGUCUGCAUCUUAGAGAUUCUAACAGGAUCAACACACAUUAGAUCAGCUAUUGUUAUGAUUAUCCUUUCACUACAAAUAACCAUUCCAUGUGUGAUUGGAUUCUUCAUUAGCUAUCAUGGUGCUGCUAGAUUGUAUGGCUUCAGAUUUUUAGGUUCAGUAGUGAAGUCAAGACAAAUUCUAACCGAAUUGUACAAGAACAAUGAAAACUCACAUGAAGAGCUAUUGAACAAGAAAUUAAAAACUGUAAAGCUUUUAGUCAAUAUCCUAAUGAUUACAAACUUAGUAUCUUAUCAUUUUCCUUCAUUCACUGUUCUAAUACGUAAUUGGAUUUAUGAGGAUAAUCAUUUUCUUUUUUCAUUCAUCGACAUUCCGUUCGUUGACAAACAUACAAGGACAGGCUACUUAUCAAGAUGGUUCUUGCAUCUCUUCAUAUGCAGUUUGGCAUUUUUCAAUUUCAUUUCUUAUGAUUUAGAGUCAAUUUUCUUUGGAUAUCAAGCAAGUGUGUUCACAGAUUUGAUUUGUGCUAAAAUGAUGGAGCUAGAACAACUUAUGUCUAGAAUAGAUGCCGAUUUUCAACUUGAAACUAGAAAGUGUGCUUAUUUGGUAGCACCACAAACCUAUUUAGAAAUGGUAAAGCAAUCUGGAAGUGCUAAAUGUGAAAAAUUAUUGAAAAGUGUCAUUCAAAGUCAUCAAAUCUACUGCCAAUAUAUUUCUGGAAUCAAUGACUUUAUGUCAGGAACAAACUUUGUUUCUAUUGCUGCAAACUAUAUUGUCAUUAGUGUAUGCAUCUUGGAGAUUCUAACUGGAAAAACAUACUUUAUAUCAGUCAUUGUUAUACUGAUUCUUUCCCUUCAAAUCACCAUUCCGUGUGUGAUUGGAUUCUUCAUUAGCUGUCAUAAUUCUUGCAUGCUUAAAUUCGUGUGUGAUUUCCCUUGGUAUCAAUUAUCAGCAAAACAUAAGAAAAUUUAUCUUCAGUUUGUUCAGAUUUGUCAACAUACUCCGACUAUACGAAUUCCUAUUUUUGGCGAUUUAGGAAUGGAACUUUUAAAGCAUUUGGCCAAUGGUGCUUAUUCUUAUGCUGCAACAAUGAAGUUGAUUGCUAAGAAGUAUUUUUAA